AUGAUUCUAUCAUCAUUUGACUUAUGUUUGGCGUCAAUACAAGAAGUGACACAAAACAGCAGUUUGGCGUUUGCCACCAAUAGAGAGAACUUGUACCUGGCUUGUAGGAAAUUAAAAGAAGGCGUCGUUUGUGCCGACAAUCACAUGAAGAACUGCACAAAUCGGAGCCAAAAAAAUCUAUUUGAAGAAAUAGUGAACGGAACUAAACAAGUGCUGAAUCUAUUGUGCAAAACCGGAGACUUCCAAAACAAGACGUCAUUCGCAUCAUUGAUCAAAAUAUUGAAGAACUGCACAAAUCGGAGCCAAAAAAAUCUAUUUGAAGAAAUAGUGAACGGAACUAAACAAGUGCUGAAUCUAUUGUGCAAAACCGGAGACUUCCAAAACAAUUAUUUACGUUAUGCCCAAUGCUUUAAGAAUGUCUCGAUGUCUGACCAAAAUGCAUUUCAAGAGUCAGUUGAAUGUCAAAUAGAUUUCGUUCGUCGAGAUUGUGGUCAGAAAGCGGUAGACUUUUUUGAAACAUAUCUGAAGCAAAUCUCGUCAUCACUUAUGCAUCAGCACUGCAUCUCUUAUACAUAUUCUGGUAGUUGUAAACCACGGAUCGAUAGCUUAAUCAAAGAUGAUGAGUUAUGGCUCAAGAAUUGCUUUCUCUUAUUCAUCGCCAUUACAAACGAAUGUGCGCUUAGAUAUCCUCUUGAGAGCAAUUUGUUUGACAAUUACUGCAGUUCUUUGGGGACAUCAGAGCUGAAUAAAUGCACACCAAUUCAGACAAUGCUCUCUAUUUGUUGGUCUUGUGAUUCAACACCAAAGAAGUGCUCUCAACAUUACACUAGUGGUCACUUACUAAAAUUAUCUUCACUUUCGUUGUCAUCUCGUUCUGACACAAGAGGCAGAACUCGGGCUCGGAUUUCGUUGGGCGCCAGUAAUGUCUUGCGAUUGGAAGUCAUUGAAUCGGUUCGGGUGGCGGUCUUAGCAUUAGGGAUGGCGGCGAUAGCGCCCACCUCUUCAGUAUCAGCGGCUGGAAUAUUAAAUGGUAUAAGCGGCUCCAGCGAUUGGUGCUGUUUCUCCCGUUUGAUCCGUCGAAGACAUUUGUCGAGCCACGACCUGAUUGUUGCUUUCGCCACCUCUUCUUCAAUCAAGAACUCCAGCUCUUCGCGUGCUAUUAGUAACGUCCUCUCCGUUGUGCAUCUUCCCUUCAAAAGUCUUAACACAAAUCUGACUCUUGAGAUGGGAAUCAUUCCUCUUUGGGAUAAGUCGACUAAAUUCCAAUCGCGACCUCGUGUACAAUAUGGGGGCGAAAGCAUCGCGUCGUGCAUUAUCUUAUUCCAGUCCUCUCCGGUCACGAUUCGGAACAGUGUUAUGACACCGUUGGGCGCCGUCCGGAAGUUGGCGUGUCUUGAGAUGUUUUCUCCAAACUUAACGGCACCGAAAAGUAUAACUCCGGCCAAAGCGUAA